CUUCUUUCUCCCUUUUGGGGAGGGAAGGAGGCGAGGGAGAGGAGGCUGGAGAGCCCCCCUUUGCCUCCCUCCCUGACCCCAUUCCCUGCUCAGCCUCCCUCCUCUUUGUGCCAAGAGCCAAGCGACAGUCAGCAACAGCAGAGAGAAGAAGGAGCCUCCCCCGCCUUUACUCAGUCAGGAACCACACACACACAACACACACUCACACACACACACAGAGGGAGGCUCUCUCUUGGGAGAGAAGAAGAGAGCCAAGGAGGCGCGCCUUCAUGCUCUGAGAGAAGAGAGAGGAGCCCGGAGGCACCCCAGUUGUGCCUUUUCUCCUCCCGGUUUUGGGGGGGUCUCCUGACUGAGGAGGAUGCCCCACUUUGGGACCCAGCACCAAGAAGCACCACAACUUCCCAGGGAAGAAGGCUCCUCUGCUGCUUUGGAUGCUUGGGCUGGAGCCAGAGUGCUGGCAACUUAAUGCUUUGGAGAGGAGGAGGAGGAGGAGAAGAAGCCCAGGUAGCCUCAGCCUUGGCUUCCUCCUCCUUUUGGGGAGGGCUUUUUUAUGGGCCCCUCUUUCAUUCUCUUCUAUUUUCUUUCCCCGCCACUCUCUGAGGGGAAGGAGGCGGGAGAGUCCGGCAUGCGGGGCCCCCGCAGCACACCAUGAGAGACAGGGGCAGGGGCAGCAGCAGCAGCAGAGGAGCCAGGCCGGAGCCCCUGAGGACCCCUGGAGCUUGGAGGGGCAGCAGCAGGGCCAAGGAGAGCCACAGCAAAGGCAGCUGCAAGGAAAGUGGCCCAGCAAGGAAGCUCCAGAGGGGCAGCAGCCCGCCAGCCCAGCUCGCCACCCCGGAUAGCAGCAGCAGCAUCUGGAGCAACAUCUGGCGCGCCCUGGCCCCGCGCCCCCCUCCUCCUGGCUACUUUCCCGCGCAAAGGCCCCUCAGAACAAGCUGUUUAGACAACCUAAUGGAUGAAGAUGAAAAAGACAGGGCAAAGAGGGCUUCACGUAACAAGUCUGAAAAGAAGAGGCGUGACCAGUUCAACAUUCUCAUCAAGGAGCUCAGCUCAAUGCUUCCAGGAAACACCCGUAAGAUGGAUAAAACAACAGUACUUGAAAAAGUCAUUGGCUUUCUUCAGAAACACAAUGAGUUCUCAGCACAGACAGAGACUUGUGACACACAACAGGAGUGGAAGCCUUCCUUUCUCAGCAAUGAAGAAUUCACCCAGUUGAUGUUGGAGGCAUUAGAUGGAUUUGUUAUAGCUGUUACAACAGAUGGAAGCAUUGUGUAUGUUUCUGACAGUAUUACUCCUCUUCUUGGACAUUUACCAUCUGAUGUAAUCGACCAGAAUUUGUUAGAUUUCCUUCCAGAACAAGAACAGCCAGACAUUUAUAAAAUAUUAUCAUCUCAUAUGCUUCUCCUGGAUACUAUAUCAUCAGAUUACUUAAAAUCUGAUGAUGAUUUUGAAUUUUAUUGUCAUCUUCUGAGAGGAAGUCUGAAUCCCAAAGACAUUCCAACAUAUGAAUAUAUAAAAUUUGUAGGAAACUUUCUGUCUUACAAUCAUGUGCCUAUAUCCACUUAUAAUGGCUUUGAUGGUGCUGUUCCAAGAGGUUACAGAACACCACUAGGAAAACAAGUCUGCUUUGUUGCUACUGUUCGGCUGGCAACGCCUCAGUUUUUAAAGGAAAUGUGCAUGGUUGAGGAACCUUUAGAAGAAUUUACUUCAAGACAUAGUUUGGAAUGGAAAUUUUUAUUUCUGGAUCACAGAGCACCACAAAUUAUAGGAUAUUUGCCUUUUGAGGUACUGGGUACGUCUGGGUAUGAUUACUAUCAUGUAGAUGACCUACAGCUCUUAGCACGAUGCCAUGAACACUUGAUGCAGUUUGGCAAAGGGAAGUCUUGCUGUUACCGGUUUCUGACCAAAGGGCAACAGUGGAUCUGGCUACAAACACAUUACUAUAUCACCUACCACCAGUGGAAUUCCAAGCCAGAAUUCAUCGUAUGUACUCACACAGUACUGAGUUAUGCAGAUGUUCGAGUGGAAAGACGACGAAAUCUGAUUUUGGAUGACAUACCUUCAGAGAUCAACUCUUCGGUACUAAAGGACAGUAACUCAGGUAUGGAUUCGCAACAGCACUUUAGCACAAUUGAAUUAAGUGCGUCGAUUCUCAACACUAGUCGGGCGCUUUCUGUAUCCUCACAAGGUUCACACAAAUCUGUUCCUCCAUCUUUACCUGAAAUAGCAACCACAACAACAAAGCUCAUCCCAGAAUCACCUUCGUUGCAAAGAACCCCCUCUGUAGAGCAGGAUUUAUUAAUACAGAGAUCCAGCCAGCCUUCCAGAGAUCCAGCUCAGCUCUGUGCUCAGUUUAGCAUGUUCCAAACCAUCAAGGACCAACUUGAGCAGCGGACUCGACUACUGCAAGCCAAUAUUCAGUGGCAGCAGGAAGAGCUGCAGAAAAUCCAGGAACAGCUCUGCAUGGUACAGGAUUCCGACAUGCAGAUGUUUUUACAGCAGUCAGCAGCAUCAAUUAAUAUUACCAACCCACAACAGUCAGAACCUCAGAGGAAGCCAGUGGUUGAUCCACUUCAACAGCAGCAUGGGCAGCAAGUUAUUUCAAGACCUUCUCUUCAAGAGCAGGUUGCAACUUCUCAGACAGUAGAACAUCAGAUGUUAAGGGAAGAAAAUGUGCUGUUAAACCAGGACAAGAAAUCAGUGGCUACUUCACAAGGGAUGCAGGAUGGCUGCCAUUCUUCCAGCAAUUUAUCUUCCCAAUUCAGGGACACCUCUCUGCUCCCACAAUCUUUGAGCAUAGCUCCACCUUCUGCCAUUCCACAGGAUAGCAGUCACCAGCACAGUACUUCUGAUUUUGGUCAUGACCAACAGUUGAGACUCUUGCUGAGUCAACCUAUUCAGCCAAUGAUGCCUGGGUCCUGUCAUGCAAGGCAGUCAUCAGAUGUUAAUGCAGCUGGACACCAAACAAAAUAUUCUCAGAGCCUACAAGCAUUCCAAAGUUUGGAAGUACAAGCUUCCAGCAGCAGUGCACCUAUAGUGCUGAUGGGACAAGCACUGUUACACCCCAGGUUUUCGGCAACACAGACUUCUCAGGCUUCAUCUUUGCAACCUAUGCAUCAACAGCAGCAGCAGCAAUGCUACCUGCAGGUGCAGUCUGCAGGACCUUUACACAAUGUGCAGGCAGAGUCUCUGGUCAUACCUUCAUACUCUCCACAGGAAGAAAGCAUAGAGUACCUUCAUGUGCAAUCGCAAGAGCAGCAACUGCAGCACCCAGUUGGCCGGAGAACCAUUGGCUUGCCUGAAUCCUUAAACAUGCAGCGAUGUCUGCAAUAGAGUCCGCCAUCACAAUCAGUGCACAUUUAGCUUUAUUUAACGGUGGCUGGAGAGGAGGAAAUGUCGGUGCUUGAAUAUGUAUUCAUUUCAAAAGCUUUGUGGCAUAGAGGGACUACCAAAGGUAGACCUUGAUGGAUAGUGCAAUAGGAGAAGGAACGGGGAUCAUUUUGCAGAUGUUUGCACUGUUUUGUGACUGUGUUAUUAAUGCUAAUACUAAUACAUGCCAUCAUAUGCAAAUUGUGGCACUAACUGGUAUGUGUUAGUAGGAGAUUCUGUUAAAUAUUUUGACCAGAAAAUGCUAUGGUUAUUCCAAAAAGAAGAAGAAGAAGAAGAAGUAGUAGUAGUAGUAGUAGAUGGCCUUCACUAUUUUGAUCAUUUAAUAUGAAAAGCACUGGUUCAGAGAGAUUUAUUGAGAGAAUGAGAGAUUAUUUUUAUUAUGGUUAAUAUUAUUAUUUUGCACAGCUGCACAAAAAGCAUAAUCUAGCACUUUGGUAAGGAAAAGUCUGCUCCAGUGACCAGAUGAGCACUUCCAGUAAGAGAGAAUAUACUGUCAUUUAUUUAAAAAUAAUUAAAAACACCCUGCAGUUUGUAACCCUCAAGACCCUUAACCAGAAACUUGUUACCUACCCACCCUAUUCUUGCUACUUCUAAUGUUUCAGAUAAAUUACACUUGACAGUUUCCUAUUUACUUAUUGAAUUACAACUGUAAACAGUGGACUAAGCACAAUCAUUUGCAGCUACUAUUUCAACAUACUAGCCACGUUCUUUUAAACACUUUGAAGAGAAUCUCUUCUACUGACUGGACAGACCCUUCACAACUGUUCACAGAACAAACAUCUGGAGGAUAUGCACUGUGUUACUGCCCAUUCAGUGGGAAGAUGCUGCAACUGUAUUACAUAUCUCUUUCAUUAUUACAUUUAGGACUGAAUUUUCCUCCAAGACAUUGCACUUUUGUAUGCUUUAUGUUGAUGUUUCUAAAAGAGAUUUUAUGUCAUUAUAAAAUAAGUAGUGUUAAAAAUGAGCUGUUGUUAAAAAUCAACAACAACCAUGAACUAUUUCUAUAUAAAAUAAAAUUAUAUGGGACUAUGUGGAAAUUAUUUUGUAUAUGAAAGAUCAGCUCAUUUCACAAGUCUGGAGCUUUUUUCAUGUUUUCUGUGAGUAAACAUUUCUA